AUGGAAACAACAGACAUACAUAGUAAAUCAUCGACUUUUACUUUCGAAAAUGUUCGAAAAUUCUCAAAAAAAACAGACGAAUACUUUGAUAUUGAUCAUCUUGUUUCACGUGAGCCAUACAGUCAAUUUAAAAAGUGGCUCGACGACGUCGAAAAUCAACAAAUCGAUGAAGCUCGUAUCUUUACUUUGGCCACUACCACCAAAAGUGGCAUUCCUUCGUGUCGUCCACUACGAUUGGCGAGCAUUAUUGAUGGAGAGGGUUUUACAUUUUUUACCAACUACGAUAGUCGCAAAGGCAAAGAACUCGAAGAAAAUCCAUAUGCAGCAAUGUCUUUUUGGUGGCCAUCUACUGCUAGAGCGAUCCGUAUCGAAGGUCAAGUUACAAAACUCUCGAGUGCCAAAUCAGACGACUAUUUCUAUUCACUUCCACGUGAAAUGCAAGUAGGUACUGUUGUCAAUGUACAAUGCAAACGCAUCAUUCAAAACCGACAACAACUACUUGAUCUUAAAAAUAAAUACAGUGGUCAGUCCCAACUCCAAAGACCAGAUAGAUGGGGUGGCUAUCUUCUUGUUCCACAUACAUUGGAAUUCUUCCAACGUCAACAUGAUUGGGUAUCAGACCGAAUUCGAUUUCGUCGCCUGCUUAAGAAUGACAAUGUUUCUAGUCUUGUUAUUGAUGGGAGUACCACUCACCAAGGUGAUGAUGACUGGGUGUUCGAACGAUUGGCGCCUUGA